AUGAGGUGGUGCUGGGAGAUGAUGAUGAGAUGUGGAGAGAGGGAGUUGGGAUGGCAUCUCUGUGUCGGUGAUAGGCUGGUAGAGGAAAGUGCGACGUCAUGCCCCCACUGCCUUCAUCCUGCCAGGCGUAAGUGGAAUCGGAACGCUGACAGAGUGGUGAAUUCCGAUGAGGGAACUGAUGAUGUGAAUUUUGUUGCUGCCACAACUCGGGAAGAUGGAAUAGAUCCUCUGUUGAUGCAGCAUGCGAGUUCAUCGACUUGUUUUGAAAUAAAAGUUGUGAUGCAGACGGCAGAGUAUUUGGAGGCAGUGGUUGUUGAAUAUUUGCUGUUGAUAGUGCUGGAGGGGUCUCAUUUUUCGAUCUUAGUUGAGUAGAUCGUGCACGUGAUAACGCGACCACUUCCUCUUGACCACCUCCUCGAGGGAAACCAUCCAAACAAGUGAGGGAGUUCCUUUGUCUUUUUACGAGACCACCAAUACCUCGACGUUGAGGAGUCUGCACACCAAAAGCAGAUGAAGAGGCCUCACUGUCUGAGGAGCUGGAAAUCACCAUUGGUGUUUGUUGUUGCUGUGAAUGCUGAUGAGAUCGAUUGCCAUUGA